AUGAUAGAUGCACCGAUCACCGUUGAUGGCAAGGAGUACCAGUGGAUUUAUCAUGUAUCGAUGUGUGCUCACGUUAUUUGUUACUUCGCCUAUGCACUGUAUUCUAAAGACACCGCUGUUGUGUCCGAGCAGUUACUCCAUAUUUUCUUUGACUUUGGCACGCCGUCUGUCAUUCAGAGUGAUAGGGGUUCCGAGUUUAUGGGGGCAGUAGAAAGGGUGGCUAAACUUCUACAAGUGAAGAUGGUGCAUAGUAGUGUGCGACACCCUCAGUCUCAGGGGAAGGAUGAAAGAUCACAUCGCACCCUUCGAGACAAAAUGAAAUUUGAUUUGCUCAAAAUGAGGACGGAGUGCAGUGAGGAAGUUAAAUACAACUGGGUGGAGUAUCUCCCUGUCUACCAGAUAAUCUACAACACUGGUUUUCACAAGUCCAUAGUUUCUGAUGCAGCUGUAAAAGAGCAUUUGGCAGUUGUAAAGGAAAUUCGAAAAGAAGCAGCACUGAAAUCCCAAAAGAUGGAUGAGCAGAUGGUGAAGAAGAAGCUCAGCAAGAACCCACCUUCUACUUAUAAUAUUGGUGAUUGUGUUUUUCUUGGUAUCAAAAUCUAUCUAAGGUCGUUGGACCGCCUGGGUCAUCCCACCUACAUCUCGUCCGAGCAGGAUGUGCUCAGAACAAGAGUCAAAACCACUGGUAUUGUGGAGACUUUCUUCGGCCACAGAAUUCUCAACUUUAUGAAGUCUAUAGCCUCCUUCCAGAGGAGGUCCGACAGGCGCAGUGCAGCUCAAGGUAAUGGCUUUGAGGGUGUGACGGCCAUUGUGUUCUGUGUGUCUCUGAGUGCAUACGACCUCAUGCUGGCCGAGGAUAAAGAAAUGAACCGUAUGACUGAGAGUAUUAAACUGUUUGACUCAAUCUGCAACAACCACUAGUUUGAAGAGAUAUCCAUUAUUCUCUUCAUGAACAAGAAGGAUCUAUUUGCUGAGAAGAUAGUCAGGCCUUCCCUGAAUAUACACUGUGAAGUCACUCUUCAAGAGUUUUGUGUUUAG